UUGGCUGGGACUCUCUGGGGGCCAACCAAUGCAGCCUGAGGGUCGUAUUUUUCCACGCUCUCGGUAUCAGCCUCAGCCGGCACUCUCAAGCUAAAGUCACCCGUGGACUCCGCAGCCCUGGUGUUCCAGCUAGCAGGAAUUGCCACCUAGAUGUUUGAUGUUGAAGCACAGAAGCCCCCUCCGGGCCAAUGGGCAACGCCGCCCUUCGAUCCGCGCUUCCCUAACCAGAACCAGACGCGUAACUGCUACCAGAAUUUCCUGGACUACCACAGGUGCAUGAAGAACAUGGUCCGCCGAGGGAAGAAUACGCAGCCCUGCGAGUACUAUUUCCGUGUAUUCCAUUCACUGUGUCCCAUCAGUUGGGUACAGCGGUGGACCGAGCAGAUCAAGCAGGGGACUUUCCCGGGCAAAAUCUGACCAUGAACUUGAGCUCUGCUCCCCUGGAGCCAUCAGCCCCCAGUGGCCACUGUCCUCCCACCAUGCCCUAGCCUGCGUUACUCACCUCCUCCACUCUGUCUCCACACCACGAAUAAAGUUAUG